AUGGACAACCUUCCGUCAGAAAUCAUUCGCAAUAUUGUCCUCAGCCUCAUUGUCAAGACACGCUGGUUCCCCCAAAUAAAUGAACAUUGCCCUGUAACAUCGCUCGCGCGCUACGCAGCGAUUUCUCGACAAUGGCAACCGAUUGUAGAAUCCAUCACAUUCCGACAUCUAAUCUUGAACUCGACUCGGCUCGAUGUCGCUCACCGCGAAAACUACCUCAGUCCUCUUCGCCUCAGUUAUAUUCGGUACAUCUGGUACGAUUUCGAGUUCCCCGCACACAAUCUAAUUAUAUCGACAAAUCCGGAAGAAGAUUAUGAUGAUCAACUGGUCUUCAACAAAAGCGCGAAACAACUUUUCAGUGUUUUGUUGCAGAUUCCGCCUCGACCAGAGCCGGUAGUAGGCUUGGAGAUAUUCAUAACGCCGCCGAAAAAGUUCGCUCUGCGACUUCUGAGGAACGAAACGAAAAGAUCAGUCGAAAGGUUUCAAGUCCUUUGUGGGACUGUGACGCCUAUGUUUGUCGAGCUGUUCAAGGACUGGGAGGCGGAUAUUGGCGAUAUACCAGCUAUCCAUUAUUUCAGAGUGGAACCUGGCUCGGCAAGCAUACUUUUCUCUCCAUCUUCGAUAAAUCGCUUUGCGUCGAAGAUGACACAACUAUCGAAGCUAGAAUGGUGGCUCACAGAUGAAGAGUUCAUCGAACCGUCUAACGAGUCGAGUCAAAGAACAAUGUUCGCGCAGACACUUGGGAUGAUUCCAUUAUCCGUGAGAUCUUUCAUCCUAAGCUAUACACGACUGCCGCCACGAGGAUCAACCGACCGCCCCAACAGUUUAGUCCCGCCUUCUAUCCAAGAAGAUCCUCUUGGUCUGUCAUUUUAUUCUUUCACGCAAAGACAAGCCCUUGAAGACUUCUAUCUUAUAGCCAGGAUAGACACCACGAUACUUUUACCUGCACAACCAAACCCCGAUGCUCUGUGGCCCAGCCUACGUUCCUAUAACCUCGAACUCAAGGAACAUCUUCCAUCAGGCGAGUGUAUCGCCCAAUUCACACUUGGCGGCAGUGGGACAUACAUCUACGACCAGAACAUCAUGAACAGGUUCGCCAUCGCGGCUGGCACUUGCGCUGCUCGAAUGCCAAAGAUCGAGGAGCUCAAUAUCAUCAACCACGGUCGUUCGCAAUCAGGUAUAUGCUUCAACACCAAGUCGGAAGAUUUACCCUGUCUUGAAUUUGCAGGCAAACCGGGUAUGCCUGAGCUAAGUGAGGAGACACUGGAGGUUUGGAAAAGAGCAAUCAAGACGCAUGGACUGGAUUGGAACGUCCAUAUCACAGACGAUCUAGAUAAAGUGUACCACUUCUAUUGA